AUGGUGCUGCUGGGACCCUCCAUCAACGCAAUUAGGCAACUGGUUAACAAAUGUGAGAAUUAUGCCGAACAACAUGGCUUGAGGUACAACUCUAAAAAGAGUGAAGUUAUGAUAUUUAAAUCGAAUAAAUAUAACCCGACAGUUGUGCCUCCGGUAAUGUUGGGCGGCGUUCCACUAAAGGUAGCGGACCAGUUUAAAUAUCUAGGGCACAUAGUCACGCCGGACUUGCGAGACGAUGCGGAUAUAGAGAGGGAGAGGAGGGCCUUGUCUGUGCGAGGUAACAUGAUUGCCCGCAGGUUCGCUCGGUGUACGAAGGAAGUAAAAAUCACAUUAUUUAAGGCUUAUUGCCAAACCUUCUACACCAGCAGCCUGUGGGUGAGUCAUACGCAGCGCACAUACAAUACGCUCAGGGUUCUAUAUAAUAACAUAUUCAGGAUGCUGAUGAAGCUGCCGCGACGUUCCAGUGCGUCGGCUAUGUUCGCAGAGGCGCGCACUGAUGGCUUGCACGCCGUCAGAAGGAAGAGAGUAGCGUCACUGCUGAACAGAGUACGCGGCAGCUCCAACACCAUCCUGAGCAUGUUCGCUGAGCGCUUGAACUGCCCCAUGACAAAACACUGGGUAGAAAUCAUCACUGGCCAAACAAAGUGA